AUGCAGGAUCUUGGUAGUGACUAUACACGGUAUUUCAACCCUUAUUUCGCUGGCGCAAGAAGCGCAUCAUCCGAGAAGCUCGCCUCGCAAUCAGCACCAACGUCUGGCACGACUACACCAAUGGCUACAGUCUAUCCCACGAACCCCUUCCUCACACCUAAUCUUACGCCGACUGCGUCAACGACCAAAAUCAACAUCCUGUACGACUCGGAGACGAACGUCUCGCUCAUCGAUGAUCGACUUGCUGCACCAUAUGAAGAGAAGGGCAUGGCAUCGUGGCCGUUGAUAGGCGAUGAAGAUGAGCCGGAUGACGAUAUGCAUAUGCCACAACCGGACGAUGAUAUUAAAUACAAGGCGAAACUGAAGGACCACUUCUCGCGAGAGAACAUUGUUUCGACGAUAGGCCUGUUCAUCAUGGUAGUUGGGCUUUCUUUUGUGUUCUUUGGACUCCCAAUCCUUUCAGCUUUGGGCAUCAUCGACUAUAACUCAGUGUAUGGGACGCCCUUGGAUCAGAUGUCUCACUAUCCCGAGCCGGAGCCUUGGGCGAUCGUGAACGACAGGAAGUACUCAUUACUUCAGAAUAUGCGAAGAGGUCUGAUCGAUCCUGACACACCCAAGGCCGCUAUGUCAAAGAAGGGUCAGUUUGGCGACGAGUACGAGCUGGUGUUCAGCGACGAGUUUAACGACAACAAUCGCACAUUUUACGAGGGCGAUGAUCCGUACUUCUUUGCUCCUGACAUCUGGUAUGGCGCUACAAAAGAUUUGGAAUGGUACGACCCGGAUGCAGUGACUACCUGGGAGGGAACUCUGGAGCUUCGACUUGAUCAAUUUCCAAACCAUGGUCUCAACUUCCGGUCAGGUAUGCUUAACAGCUGGAAUCAUCUCUGCUUCAAGGGUGGGAUUUUUGAGGUUUCCGUAUCCUUACCUGGGCCAGCUGGUGUGCCAGGCAUGUGGCCUGGUGCAUGGACGAUGGGAAACCUAGGAAGGCCAGGCUAUCUCUCGACUACUGACGGCAUGUGGCCAUACACCUACCAAGCCUGCGACGUCGGCAUCACGCCUAACCAGUCUUCCUCUGAUGGCCUGUCCAACCUCCCCGGCCAGCGUCUCUCGUCCUGCACCUGCCCCGGCGAAGACCACCCAACUCCUGGCACCGGCCGUGGUGCGCCAGAAAUCGAUAUUAUCGAAGUCGGCGCUACCUAUCCCCCUCACAACAUGCCCAUCGCUACGCAAUCCUUCCAAGUCGCACCUUUCGACGUCUAUUGGUACCCCAACUACAACUUCACUGCCUUCCCCGACUACAGCCAAAGUUGGUACAAUGGCUACACCGGUGGCCCCUACCAACAAGCUAUCUCUGCAACCACAAACCUGAACAAAAACUGGUUCGACGGCCAGCAAUACCAGCGCUACUCCUUCGAAUACGUCCCCGGCGAAGGCAAAGAUGCCUAUAUUAGCUGGCAAGUCGGUGACCAGAUGAUGUUCAUGAUGGACGGGCGCGCCAUUGGGCCGAACGGCAACAUCCAAGCCCGCCAGGUCAGCGAAGAGCCUAUGAGUCUCAUCCUUAACCUGGGCAUCAGUAACUCCUGGACUUGGAUUGAUUGGGAGCACAUGAAGUUCCCUGCGGUCAUGAGGGUCGAUUAUGUUAGAUGGUAUCAGAAGAAGGAUGAGGAGAAGCUGGUUACGUGUGAUCCGCCGGGCUUUGAGACGACGAAGUAUAUUAAGGAGCAUAUUAAUGCUUAUACGAAUCCGAACUUCACACAAUGGGAUCAGACGGGACAUAAGUGGCCUAAGCACACGUUCAACAGUGACUGUAACGCGAAGUAG